AUGGAAUAUAUUCGAACAAAUUUUUUAUUACAAAACGAAAUACAGGAGAAACAAGAAAUACAAAACUAUGAACAAAUUCCGUAUCAAGAAGUUUUUAACCAGAACUCUGAAAUUUCGAAUUAUUUUCAAAUGUUCUACGAAUAUCCUGAACGGAGCUACCAGGGUCAGGAGGUGUACCCUGAGUGGGAGUGGCGCGGAGAACAGGUGCUGGUGAAGGAAGAAGACUUGGAAGCAGGAGGUUCCGCAAGUUUUAGUGAGGAAGAUGUAAGAUCGCCAUCUAGCGGCCGAAAAGAAAGGACAGCAUUCACGAAGGCACAAAUACGCAGUUUAGAGACGGAGUUCGCGCGCGCAAAUUAUCUCACACGCCUGCGGAGAUACGAAAUAGCUGUUGCUUUAAAUCUUACGGAAAGACAAGUGAAAGUGUGGUUUCAAAACAGAAGAAUGAAAUGGAAGAGAACCAAGGGUGCGAAACACGUAAAGAAAAAAGACCAAUAG